UUGAUCACUCAUACACUGCAAGAUUAACAUCAAAUGCUGAAAUACCAUCUCAACGUGUUGAUUCUCCAUCUUUAACUGAAGGUGAAAGUAGUGGAUUUUCUAUUGAUGGACGUUCUACACCUUCAAAUUCUUUAAAUACAUUUCAAACGUCAAACAUGACUUUAUAUUAUAAUGGGAUUGAAGUUCCACCACCCGGUGCACGGAUUAUUCCAUUAGAAUUACAAAUGCAAAAUUGGAAAAGAAAUUAUGGCUCAAAGAGAAGAUUUUCGAAUUUCAUUAUUACCAUAUCUU